AUGGAUCCAAAAACACUUGGCGAUCAGCAUUCCCAAUCUCCGGAAAAGUCCGCACCUUUUACUAAUCUUUGUAAAUUCUAUAUAGAUGCAGACUUUUAUUCUCUAGAGAACCCUUUUUCAAUUUUCAAGACUUCAGGAGGAGCAAAUCCUAAUCUCAGCCCUCAAUUGCAAUCAAAAACUCAAAACUCCAGCCCAAAUCUAAGAAUGGCUGGAUUGCAAAAAUCAGCCCCAAAUAGUCUAAGAAAAGUGAUUCCUCCGCCUACAUAAUUAAAGAUGGUGUUGCUCGAUUUCUGGUCUCCUGACCCGAAAAUUCAUCUUUGCAUAUUUUAAUUAUGAGUUUUGGUUUCCCCUAAUGAAAUUAUCCCAACUAUUCCAAGGAAGCAAAGAGCUGGGUAGUUUUUCAUACCGGACUCCUGACCUUAGGGAAUGGGAUUUUCAAGAAGGGCAACCCAGACGUUGGAUUUAGGGUGCCAUUCAAACCCAAGAAAGUGCUUUAGCUCAUAGAAGAAUCUUCGAAGCCCAAACUUCAAGACUGGCAUUCUCUUUUGGUGAUCAAAAUCCAGACGCCUACACCUUUGGCGGGACCGAGGAAAAUGGCACGAAAUUCGCCCAGAGUGGUGUUGGUGUAGCUGUGAUCGAGCAAACUGAUAGUGGAUGUUAAACUUGUAUAGUCUAUCAAUAGAUUAAGAUUCCUCCACCUCCUGGGUUUGAAUGGGCACAAGACACCGAAUUUAGUGACAAAAGUAGUCAAUCAGAUCAAAAAUGUGACAGCCCUACGUUAAAACUGAUUCAGCAUGAAGAUUCAUAUCAAUCUAUGGAAGAACUUGUAAACGAGCUUAAAAUCUGUAAAAGCAAGCUUUCAAGAGCCGAAAAAGAAGUUGAAAAAUAUAAAAGUUCUUAUUAUACAUUGCUACAAUUGCAAGAUUCUUCCAACGAAUCAAGAGUAGACAAGCUGUUUCAGUAUUUUAAAGUAGACGAAAACCUUAGCGAAUGCAAAACCUGCAAAGAAACUCAUGAAGAAAAUUUAGCUCUGCAUGAAAGAAUUGCGAAAUUUUCAAUUGAGAAUAAUAAAGUUUUGACUAGCUUUCAUGAUCUAUUUACCCAAUUUCAAGCUGUUCAGAAUGAAAAUAGAGAACUUUUAGAAAAAUUCAGGAUGGCAAUGGAAGGGAAACAGGUCACUUUUAAUUGUACAGUUGAUAGAUGCUGCAGCCUUGCCAAAGAGUAUAGAGACCAGCUUUUCAUGAAACAGAGAGAGACAGAAGAAUUGAGGGCUGUUUUAAAUACAAAUGGUAAUAAGCAUGCCUCGAGGUCGAAUAGCACAGAAGAAGGAGACCCUGAGAAGGAAACAAGGCAGUGGCAAAGAAAAGACAGAUCCAACUCUAAUAAACAAGUUACGAUCCUGGAGUGCCAAGAAUGCCUUAAUAAGCAAUUAAGAAUUGCUGAAAAAGAUAGUAUUAUUAAAGAGCUUCAAGAAUCUUUAAGUCCUUCUCCAAUUCAUUCUAGGAGUCUUGAUUCAUAUGCCAGCAAUAAAAAUUUCCAAGUUUUAAAAGAAAGGUUCAGGCAAAAACUUUCAUUUAUCAGAAAUUUAUACUAAAAAUGAUACAAAUAUCUUUAGGUUCGCAAUGCUAGAUUUAUUUACUUAAAGAAUUUAGAAUCCAAAUGGCAAAUAUUUAUCUCUGCUAAUUAAGCAUAUUAUACUUGGAGAGCCAAGACAAAUCGUACUUCCUGGGCAAAAAGCACUGAUUAGUCUUAUUGAAAAAAGAGAAAGUUUGGAAAGAUGGUGGAGUAAAAGAGCUGAGCUUUCCCAAGAAAGCGAAUGGAUAAAAGAAGGCCAGCAACUGAUUUCUCAAACGUGUGUAUUUGCUAAAGAAGCUUUAGAACUGAAGCCAACGAUCAAAGGAAGACCAGGCCGUGAGAUGAGAAUGAGCGUCCACAAGCAAGUUAUUGAAAUUGAGCAGGCCCUCAAUGAUUUGACUUCUUUGACUUCAGAAGUCCAAGAAAUCAAGCGAAUGUUCUUAUCCCAUUUCCUUGAGAAAUCAAAAAUUAUUGUUUGUAAAUAGAGCUAAUUUUUUUGGAAUUAUAAAAAUAUUUUGAUGGUAAAAAAUUAAUUUAUGAUUGAGAAUGUAAGCUGCUUAAGGUUGAAUACUAAAAAUCACUUAUAUGCCAAAUCCUUUUUUUGCAUUCGAAAAAGUAUACGCUCACUAACAGAGUGGCGAGAUAGAAUUGCCGUAUCUUCUUAAACCAAUGUUUGAUCUGAUGAAAGAAUAUGAGCAGCAAAGCUCAGGGAUCGAGCUCUCUCCAGACUUGAAACUUGAGUCUGUCAUAAGUGAACUAAAACUAUUGCAAGAGUCAUUAGGCGACCAGCAGAGCCAAAUGGAAAACAAUGAGCAGUUUGCUCCUGUAAGAAGAACUUCUAAAAGACAUAGAACUAAUGCAUCAUAA